UAAAGGUUUUUGAUUUGCAGCUUGUCUGAUGCCCUGUGAGGAUGGACCAAGCUGAAGACAGCAUUGCCGUGGUGGGCAUCGGCUGCAACUUCCCUGGCGGCGAAGGUCUUGACAAUUUCUGGAAGGUUCUGGUGAACGGACGCAAUUGUUCUGUGCUCAUUCCCAAGGAGAGAUUUGAAUUGUCCAGCUGGUAUGACCCUGAUGAUAACAAGGCGGGUAAAUCCCGCACGGCUAAGGCUGCUCUUCUUGAUGGUUUUAACCAAUUCGACCACAAGUUCUUUGGCAUCAGCGACAGUGAAGUGGAACAAAUGGACCCUCAGCAGAAGCAGCUGCUUCAGUGCGUCUACAGAGCUUUGGAGAAUGCUGGGAUUCCGAUGGAAAAAGCCAGCGGGACCAGAACUGGAGUGUUUUUUGGCCUCAUGAACAGAGAUUACGAGACCAAUGCAGCCCACAUGCACCCCAGAGUCAUCAACCACUGGACGGGGACAGGACUGGCCAUGAGCAUUGCCGCCAACAGGGUGUCGUACAUCUUUAACUUCACCGGGCCGUCGAUGUCCAUCGACUGCGCUUGCUCAUCCUCCCUGGUGGCGCUUCAUCUGGCCUGCCAGGCCAUUAAACAAGGGGAUUGUGACAUGGCCGUGUGCGGAGGUGUCAACUGCAUCUUUGAGCCAAGAGUGUUUGUGGCCCUCAGCAAAGCAAAAAUGAUAUCACCAGAUGGCACCAGCAAGCCAUUCUCCAACAAGGCUGAUGGUUACGGAAGAGGCGAGGGAUGCGGUGUCGUUCUCCUAAAACCGCUGACAAAGGCUCUGCAAGAUCACAAUCACAUCUGGGGCAUCAUCAGCAAGACUGCUGUCAAUCAAGAUGGCCAUUCGGUGUCGCCUAUCACCAAACCGUCCCUGAGUCAACAGGAAGAGCUGCUGCGGAGAACCUAUUCUGAGGGCGACAUCACCAACGUCCACUACAUUGAGGCUCACGGGACCGGAACUCCAGUUGGCGAUCCAACAGAGGCAGCAAGCAUAUCAAACGUCAUUGCCAAAGCCAAAGCUCCCGGUUCAGCGAUUCUCCGAAUCGGCUCGGUGAAAAGCAAUAUUGGACAUACAGAAUCUGCCGCCGGUGUGGCCGGAGUCAUCAAGGUUCUCCUCAUGAUGAAGCAUGAGACCAUUGUUCCUUCUUUGUUCUUCUGUGAGGACACGGCCAGCAUAGAUUCCCGAGCUUUAAACAUACACGUCCCCAAAGAGGUGGAAAAGUGGGAAGCAACAGGUGCACGGGUUGCGGGAGUGAAUAAUUUUGGCUUUGGGGGUACCAACGCUCAUGCUAUUGUCAGACAGCACAUGUGGUCGCAUUCAAUCAAAAAGAAUGAUGGCAGGCAGGUAAAAUAUUUUGUCAUGUCAGCAAAUUCACCAAAGUCUCUAAUGCUCACGCUAGAAAACACCAUCACACAUCUGGAGAACAAAGUGGAUCUGGACUGUCUGUUGUACACUGCGGCUUGCAGGAGGAGCCACCUCAAGCACAAAUACAGAAGUGCCUUAAUGGUAUCAUCUGUAGUUGACCUUAGGGAGAAGCUCCAUGCCGCUGUCAGCCGAAAUACAAGCCCAGCCCUCCCAGAUCCCAAGUUAGUUUUCGUGUUUUGCGGCAACGGCGUCACUUAUCACGGCAUGGGCAAGCAGCUGCUCCGACACGAGCCAGUGUUCAGAGAUACGAUCAAGCAAAUUUCAGAGGCUUACCAAAGGCUGAGCGUGCUGAACAUCCUGGACACGCUUGAAAGUGAGCAUGAGCACAGGGACUACAACGCUCCACACGUGGUCCAGCCUCUUCUUUUUGCAAUACAAGUGGGCGUCGCCACUCUGCUCAAGUGCUGGGGUGUCAAAGCUGAUGCCAUGCUGGGACACUCGGUGGGUGAGGUCUCGGCGGCUCACUGCUCCGGCCUCCUGUCUCUUGAGGACGCCCUAAAAGUCAUUUACUUCCGCAGCGUUCUCCAGACCAAAGCAACUGGGGGGAAGAUGCUGGUGAUCAGCAAUAUGGCCGUGUCAGAAGUCACAGCUCUUCUACCGCGUUACUCUGGAAGAAUUUGUCUCGCUGCUUUCAACAGCCCGCAGUCUUGCACCUUGUCUGGGGAUGCAGAUGCAAUAGAAAACCUCCAGGAAGAGCUAAGCAGUUCAGCUAAAAGUAAGAACCUCUUCAUACGGGUGCUAGAGGUCUCUGCUGCUUAUCACAGUCACAUGAUGAAUCCAAUUCUGCCAGAAAUCAGGGAGGCAAUCGGUUCUUUAGAGGAGAAUGAGCUUAGCACGCAGCUGUUCUCAACCGUGACAGGUAAAGAGGCACAGCAGGGGGAUUUCUGCUCAGGUGAUUACUGGGCGAGGAAUAUUCGUGAGCCAGUUGCCUUCGAGCAGGCAGUCAGAUCAGCAAGUGGAGGCCAGAAAAGUUUAGUCUUUGUAGAAGUGGGUCCAAGGAGAGCUCUUCAGAGGAACAUCAUGGAAACUCUGGGGAACGACAUAGCUGUCGUUGCCUCGCUGCAGCCAGACAAAGACCACGAGACACUCCUGUCCGUUGUUUCUAAGCUCUUUGAACUCGGUGUCCAGGUAAACUGGAACACCUUUUAUGCGGGAUUUGAGACAGUGCCGCUUCCCUUCCCACAAUACCAAUUUGAUUGCUCGGACAGGGAUGUGAUCAUUAAAGGUGCUCAGAAAAACACAGUGAGUACUCACCCUUUGCUCUGCGCCACAGGAAGUGAAAAGAACACAUUACUUUGUGACGUGAUGUCUGAUUCUGUCUUCUACCUGAAAGAACACAAACACAACAAAGUACCCAUCAUCCCCGGGUCCUUCUAUGCCGAGCUGGGCUUAGCUGCAUUCAUGGCCUGUGCCAAACCAAAAGUUCCCCUCAAUACACUGCAGCUUAGUGUCAAUUUUCACAGCCCAUUUAUUCUUACCCCAAAUCCUCCGGAGAUGAAAGUGCAACUAGAGCAAAAAGAGAACAAUACCAGCUUCACUGUGUUCUCAUCCUCAGCCACAUACGCAUCAGGCACAGUGGUAGUGAAGAAAGAGCGACCAGUGGAAGAGCAGCGCAUUGACCUCAAUAGCAUCUACAAAAGAUGCACAUCUGUUGUGACCUAUCAGGAAUUUUAUGGCUAUCUCUCCCAGGGUGGCUUUCAGUAUGGAGAUGUCUUUCAGAACAAAGCCAAUGUUCACUAUGGGGAAGAUUUGAAAGAGGCCUAUGCUGUUGUCACAGUUCAACAGGAACUGCUUCCUCAGCUGCACGACUACUGUGUUCAUCCCGUUGUGCUGGACUUCCUCAUGCAGCUUCUCCCGGUCACAGUAGAGCACAUUUUUGCCGGUAGACCGGGUUUCCCUGCCAAAAUCGGAAGUUUGACAGUGUCAGAGCCCUUGCAAGAUGAGAUGAUUGUCUACUUGAGGGCUACCGACGUCGGUGCGGACCACUUUGAGGUCUGUGGGUGCUUUGCAGAUAGAGAUGGCAGCGUCUUGGUUGAGGUGAAGGAUGUGUUAAUCAAAUACCUUGGCAGUCGUUCUCAUGUGGUUGAGGAGUACUUCUAUCAUAACCACUAUAGCGUAAUUUCCGAGGGGCUCUCAAAUGAUCCACCUCCGAGAGCGUUGGUCUUCUCUGACAGCAUGGGUAUCUCAAAAUGCCUACAGCCAAACUUGGAUUCCAGAUCUCGCUACAUCUCCUUCUCAAAUGCUAAAGACCUCUUGAGCAGUGACUUUCCGACUCUGUUGUCAAACCUCAAUAUCACAAACAUUGAGGACAACUUUGAUGAGGUCUUGUUCCUGUGGGGCAAAGAGAACCUUAACUCACUUACGCCUGAUGUCAUCCUGGAGAAUCUGACCAACUGCUGCGAAAUGUUUAGACAAGUUAUCCUAGAGCUCAAGCGAAUUCGCUUUCCAAACUCCAUCCGAGCAAUUACAUACUGUUCAUCUGAGCUCACAGUCGAUCAUGUCAAUCCAGGCUUUGCCAUUGUCGGUAUGACUCGUUCGUUUGCUGCAGAAAUACCAGAACUUUCAUUCCAAUUGGUUGACAUAAGCUCUGUCUCUGCUAAGGACAUUGCAGCCCUCUCUGACGUCCUACGAGCUUAUCCUUGUAGCAAGUAUCCAGAACUGGUAGUGAAAGACGGGGUCAUUCUCAAACCUUCCAUCGAGCGUACCCCUCCUGAAUUAACUGAAAACUCUGAAGGGAGUUUCACCUCCAGCACGUCUGAACCUUGCGUCCUUCAGACUGUUGACGCUUUUAAAAUAAGCCGGCUAACUGCUGUUCAAUUUGACACUGAAGCCGGACAAAUAGGUGAUACUUCUGUUGAAAUUCAGCCCACCAAAGUAUGCGUCCACUCGUCUGAUUACUUUCCUGUGAGCACCUCACAUUUGAACUUUGGCCAGACGUUGUACUGGAACACACACUCCUUACAGAACCAUAAGCUACUCAUGCUAGAUUUCAGUGGCAUCAUUACAGGGGUCGGAAAAGAGGUUAAGAAAUUAAAAGUGGGCGAUUCUGUGGCUUCUUGUUACCCUGUGGUGGCAGCCAGUAGGGUGAGGAUUCCACAGGAGGUUUGUUACAGCACCAAACGCCUCCCCUUCCUUCAAUCAACACCCUGUCUGUCCUACUUUGUGCUGGCAUGGGAGAUACUGUAUCGACUCUUGCCGAGAGCCAGGCAAAAUCUGGGCAUUGUGUCUUUAGUUCCUGAUUCUGUUUUGGUGAAAGUUUUGGCACUUGUUUCUCAGAAGUUAGGAUGGACCGUUAUUGUUGGACCACAGUGCAACGGCUCCUUUAUAGACGCCAAUGACAUGGGUGCAGUCAUAGUCCUGCCUCCAUAUGAUGAAUCCUUGAUGAUUAAAGUAUGCAACUUUCCUGGUGUCCAGAAUGUUGUCCUUGUUCGUGAAUACCAAACACAGCUUUUGGUGACCCAAGAUGUGCUCCAGAGUUUCCAAGAAAGUGUCCAUGUGCAAACAAUUAACCUACCGGUUAUCCUACAAAAAGGAUCACUAAGUGCUCGAAGGCUGCGUGUUUAUCACUUGCUCAAGUCUUUAAACCUGACUAAAAAAAUUAGGUUAGCAAGUUUUACCUUUCAGAAUGUCACAUCUGAGAAAAUCCACAACCUUUAUUCACAGUCCUACUUCAGUGCAAAGAACCUGGCUGUUGUGGCUCUAGAAAAAGGCUCCCCCUCAUCAACGUCAGACAUUCCGCUGCUGCCCACAAAAAAGCAGAUUUUCCGAAGGAAAGCGGUGUACAUCGUAGCAGGCGGUCUGACCGGGCUGGGCUUUGAAACAGUCAAGUUUAUCUCGCAAAGGGGAGGCGAGUUCAUCGUCAUCCUUUCCAGGAGUAAGCCCUCGGCGGAGGUGCAGCAAGAGAUCUACAAUGUUGAGAAGCAGUGCGGCAACAGUAUCGUCAGCAUGGAGUGCGACAUAUCAGUGUCUGGGCAAGUGCUCAAAGUAGUGAGUGACAUCCAUUUAAAGUUCAAGGGUUAUCCUAUCAAAGGAGUGUUUCAUAGUGCGGUGGUCUUGCAUGAUGGGCUAAUUGAAGCCCUUGAUAGAUCCCUCUAUGAGAGAGUUUUCAAGCCCAAAGUGAAUGGUGUGCUUAACUUGCACCAUGCAACACUGAGCUGCCAGUUAGAUUACUUUGUUUGUUACUCCUCCAUAUCAGCUUUUCUGGGAAAUGCGUCACAAACAAACUACGCGGCAGCAAAUACAUUUCUGGACUUGUUCUGUCAGUAUAGGCGUAAACUGGGACUGUCUGGACAGUCCAUCAACUGGGGAGCUCUGGACGUCGGUUUACUGCUGAACAAGGAGUUCUUCCAUCGGUUCCUGGAGGCCAAGGGCAUGAUGGUGCUGGAGGUUCCCGAGAUCCACAAAAGCCUGGAGCAGUGCUUGCUCCUCAAUCGACCCCAACAGGCAGUGUGCCGCUUUCACUUCAGAAACAUCCGCUUCAAUGUGCUCUCUCAGAACGCCGCUUUGACUAUGCGGCUCUCCGCACUGGUGGAGCAAGCUUUUCAAAAGUCUAGAGAGUUGGACACGGAAAAUAGAAACACUGUGGAAGUCCCAGCAAGGGAUUACCUCGUUUCACUGCUUGUAAAAACCAUAGGCUUGGAGGUGGACGCAGUGAAAGACGACACUCCUCUCUCGUCACUCGGCAUCGAUUCCAUGCAGGCCAUGACGCUGCAAAACCUCAUCUAUCAGGACCGUGGUAUCAAUGUGCCUUUGGUGAAACUGUUGGACCCUAACGCCACGCUGUCGACAGUGAUGGUCAUCUUGAGCGAGGGGGAUGGAGACGGAACUGAAGAUCAACUUUCAACUGACGGGAGCAAUUUUUCUACCAAAUUCUAAGACUGAUCACUGUUAUGUAGAAAAUGUUUUUAAGUGUGUGCUGACUGAUGUUGUUUAUGUCAAAUUAAAUAAAAACUUUGUUAAUAUA